GCCAUUUCAAAAGACACUGUUCUCUAGUCAUGGCGGACGGGAAGUGAUCGAGUGGUCGUCUCGCACCAUAAGUGGCUCAUCUCGAUAUCCGUCAAAGAGCGAGGCCUCGGUGAAUAGAUUGAUUGGAUGUCCCAAACGUCUGCCAACUAGACGCACGUAAAAUAUAGCGCGGCCAGGACACAAGUGAGCUUGCGCUAAGAGCAAAGGAGGAGGUUCCCCGAAUAGAGUCCUUUAUUUAUUUCUUUCUCGCCAGUUGGGAAAAAUAAUUAUAGCGACAUAUACUACACCACUUCAUUUAUUUUCGUUGCCCGUAUACGCUAGAAAACUGGAUAAGAUUACGGUGGUUGCUCGAAGGCCAAAGCCAAGUGGAGGAGGAUGAAGCGGCGCAAUGCGGACUGCAGCAAACUCCGACGGCCGGUAAAACGGAAUCGAAUCACCGAGGGUAUAUACGGCAGGUGAAUAUCUUUGAUCAAAUUACCUUUGAUUGAAGAAUCAAAUUUAUCUCAGAAGUGUAUCACAUCAUCAGCCCUCCACAUUUUGCAUGUAUUGGUUCCCAAGUAGUAGCUCUCAAUUUCAGAAUUUCAGUACUUUCCUGUACCUGAAGUUCCUGGUGGUGUGGGCAUUAGUGUUACUGGCUGACUUUGUUUUGGAGUUCAGAUUUGAGUACCUCUGGCCCUUCUGGCUCUUCCUCCGAAGUGUGUACGACUCUUUUAGAUAUCAGGGGCUGGCCUUCUCAGUAUUCUUUGUGUUUGUGGCCCUUACUUCGGACUUCAUUUGCCUCCUCUUCAUCCCUGUGCAAUGGCUGUUCUUUGCUGCCAGUACUUAUGUGUGGGUGCAGUAUGUCUGGCACACAGAGAGAGGAGUCUGUCUACCAACUGUAUCGCUAUGGAUACUCUUCGUGUACAUAGAGGCAGCCAUCAGGUUCAAAGACCUCAAGAACUUCCAUGUAGACUUGUGUCGCCCAUUUGCUGCACACUGCAUUGGCUAUCCAGUAGUGACACUGGGCUUUGGCUUUAAGAGCUAUGUAAGCUAUAAGAUGCGCCUUCGGAAGCAGAAAGAGGUACAGAAGGAGAAUGAGUUUUACAUGCAGCUUCUUCAGCAGGCUCUGCCUCCAGAGCAACAGAUGCUUCAACGGCAAGAACGAGAAGCAGAAGAAGCAGCAACUAAAGGAAUAUCUGACGUAGACACACUUCCAGUUUUACAGAAUGGUGCCCCUGCCAAUAAAAAGACCUCGGGGCCUUUGCCGGAGUUAGAGUAUAGAGAAAAAGGGAAAGACGGAAAAUGUGGCGGGGAGGGUAAAAAGCAGCACAACAGCAUCCUGCCAUCAUCAGUGGACUCUAAACUCCAAGAGAUGGAAUAUAUGGAAAACCAUGUGAACAGCAAGAGACUGACCACUGAACUCGGCAGCACAGAAAACUUGCUUAAAGAGGACAAUAAUUCCUCCUGCUCAUCCACUUCCUCCUCCUCUUCUAAAAAUUACAAAAACAGCAAUGCCACAAUGCUCAACUCCUCUCCCCGUGGCCACAGUGCUGCCAAUGGCAGCGUGCCAUCCUCUACGCCAUGCUCCUCUUCCACAGGGAAGAAUGAGAAGAAGCACAAGUUAGCAGUGGGGAAGGGGACAUCAAGUGGCUCCAACAGAGACCCUACAGACAACUGUAUUCCCAACAAUCAGCUGAGCAAGCCUGAAGCACUUGUGAGAUUGGAGCAGGACGUUAAGAAGUUGAAGGCUGACCUCCAGGCAAGCCGGCAGGUGGAACAGGACCUGCGCAGCCAGAUUGGCUCACUUGGCAGUGCUGAGCGCUCAAUACGUACUGAGCUGGGUCAACUCCGCCAGGAGAACGAGCUGCUGCAAAACAAGCUCCAUAAUGCUGUACAGGCAAAGCAAAAGGACAAGCAGGCUGUGGGGCAACUGGAGAAGAGGCUCAAAGUUGAGCAGGACGCGCGUACCACUGCUGAGAAACAACUCGCAGAUGAAAAGAAGCGCAAAAAGCUUGAAGAAGCUACGGCAGCCAGAGCAGUAGCUCUCGCUGCUGCUUCCAGAGGAGAAUGCACAGACACACUGCGACGGCGGAUCACAGAAUUAGAAACAGAGUGUAAGAAACUAAACCUGGACAACAAGCUUAAGGAAGACCAGAUCCGAGACCUUGACUUGAAAGUCCAGGAGCUUCAUAAAUACAAGGAGAAUGAAAAAGACACAGAAGUGUUGAUGUCAGCGCUGUCAGCCAUGCAGGACAAGACCCAACACUUGGAGAACAGCCUUAGUGCUGAGACCAGGAUCAAACUGGACCUCUUCUCUGCACUGGGAGAUGCCAAGAGGCAGCAAGAAAUUGUGCAAGGUCAGAUCCUUCAAAAAGACCAAGAAAUAAAAGAUUUGAAGCAAAAGAUAGCCGAAGUGAUGGCUGUCAUGCCCAGCAUCUCAUACACAACUGACACCAGCAGCAUGACUCCCGUGGCGCCCCACUACUCCUCCAAGUUCAUGGACACCAACCCCUCUGGCUUGGACCCCAAUGCCUCAGUUUACCAGCCACUCAAAAAGUGACCGCUUUGUUCUAUCCCUCCCUCCAUUUUCCUUUAUUUUUUUUAUUUUUUAUUUCCCAGGCCCAGCACCUUUCUGUCUGCUCGGCAUGUCUGCGGCUGAGAAUGUUUUUCUUGGGUCAUUAUUUUCUCCUUGCCAGGUCAGAAGGAUGUUGUAUCGUGUGUAGUUAAAAGAAAUUAAAAGACACCACAUCAA